UGGAAGCGCGUCGCUCUGAAUAAAUACCAACUAAAAUACUAAAUCGCAUCAAGCGCAAGCCAAACAUAAACAACAACAAACACGAAUUGCAUUUGACAUUGAAAAAAAGCGAGAAUUGGAAAAUAAUUGGGUAAUUACCUGAGGAAGAGAGAGAGAGAGAGCGUGUAUGUGUGGAAAAUCAAUCACACGCUAUGGAGCAGCGCGCUAAUUUUCUAGCCCUUACACUGCUCGACGCCCUGGAAGAUGAGAACGAAGCGGAUAUAUUCUCAAUGCUGGAUCGAAACGCCAUCAACGCGAGCAUCGUGCCCUGCGAACGAGGAUUGGCCCCGCUGCACUAUGUGUGCGGCAUGAAGAACGAAGCGCUGGCGCUGCGUAUACUCGAACGGUUCCUCACCAACGAUCAGAUUGAUGUCAAUGUGCGUUGCGACGGAAACAUGACGGCCCUGCACAUUGCGGCGAUCUAUGGGCGGACGGAGCUAGUGCGUCUGCUGCUGGAGCAUGGGGCGCGACCGGACAUUGCAGACGAUGAGCACAAGCUGGCCGUGCACUAUGCCAUCGAGGAGUGCCAUUUCGAGGUGUUGCAGCUGAUGCGCGACCAUAUCUACCAGGAGAAGCAGCAGCUGAAGUUGCAGCAGAGGUCCUUGACGCCCAAGGCGACGCUGAAAUACAAUCACGAUGUCACCUCGCCCUACUACAUCAACAUAACGCAUCGGCGUGGCAAGCCGCAACCACAGUUCCCCGAUGACCCGGAGCCGGAGCAAGAGCAGUCAGUCAAUCUAUUCGCCCUUACGCGAGAUCAUCUGGCCGAGCUGACGCACAAUCAGGAUGUGGCGACGUGCGGACGUCGCACGCUCAUCGAAAGCUGGCGGGAUAAGGUGGAGCGUUCGCGUGCCCGCAAAUCGUUACUGCAGGAGCAACAGGUGGAAAUACUGGUGGAGCAGGCUAUGGAGCAGGACGACUUUAGCUACGAGAAGCAUGUGCAGCAAAGCUUGAGGCAGGCGGCACAGGAGCCGGCAGAGAAGUCCAGUGCUCCAGCAAGUCGUGCUGCCUUUGGCCAGCUGGUGGAGCAGGUGGCUCAGGCCUGUGUGCUGGAGCAGAGCUUCUAUACAGCCCCAGAGGACGAGGAGCAGCGAGAGCAGUUGAAGGAGCAGGCGGGGGAUCAACAGCAGCAGAGACAAAAACAGCCGCAAGACAAAUCCUACUAUCUGCAAAUGACCGAAGCUUAUGUGCACACGGACGACGAGAAUGGUCUUGUCUUCUACGAGACAAAGUUGCUCCAGAAUGGCGAGGCCAAGAAGCAGCUGACGAAGCGGCUGCCAAACCACUUGGAAGUCCCACCAGCAUCUGUGCAGCUGGACAGCAGCGCUAGCACAAAUUUCACAGUGCCGCUGGACUACGAGACGGACGCACUGCGUGCAGAGCUGACGCAGCUGGGCGCUCCAGUGGGACCCAUUACGCGCACCACCAAGCGGCUGUAUAUCAAACAGUUGAUCAAGUACAAGAGGAACACGGCGGCUCUGCUGGCGGCGCAGAAGCAUGCGAAGGCGGCGCAGAUCAAGUACUCGGUGGAGCUGCAUCAUACGUUGAGAUCGCAGGCGGAUUACGAGCAGAUUGAGCGGUUCAUGGUGCACGAGAGCGCCUCAGCGCAGCACUUUGCCACAGCUGGAGCUGGGGGCAGUGGAAAACAGCUGCGGGAGGGGCAUCUGAAGCAGAGCUUCAUCUAUAUGUUGAUAGAUCCGAGAAUCUCGAGGAAUUUGCCGGGAGAGCGAGCAUUUGUGGAUCCUCUAAGCAUUUGGUCUCGCUUCCUGGAUGCCAUUUUCUAUGUGGGCAAAGGCAAGUGCUCCCGGCCCUAUGCCCAUCUCUAUGAUGCAAUGCGUCAGCACACACGCCUCCAUCUGCAGCAGCACCAGCAGCCGCCGGAGAAUGGGAAAAAGCGACCAACUGGACGUGGCCUGCUGAUGCCGGAGCUGUUCAAGUCGCCGCCGGCAGGAAAUGCCAAGGCUGGGAGCAAGAAACUGCAGCGCAUCCUGGACAUUUGGCAACACGGAAGCGGCGUUGUCUGCCUGCAUGUUUUCCACAACAUAAUGCCCACGGAUGCGUACACGAGAGAGGCAGCCAUCAUCGAUGCUCUGGGCCUGGUGCACUUGACCAAUUUGAAGCGCGGGGAUUACUAUGGGCCGGCGCAAAUUUGGACGAUGAAGCAGAAGAAGCAGCUUGGCAUUGCAUUGCUUUACAAGGCGUUGCACAUUUAUUUGGCCGAAGGCGAGUCUCAGUUGUCGCCAAGUGAUUUAAUCUAGUUAGUUUUCCUUGUUAGCAAUAAGUACAAAGUACAAAAGUUAAAAAGCGCGCCAAAUCAAUUAUGAACGGGAUCUCAAUUUAAAUUUAGCAACAAUUGAAUAUACUAUUAAAAUGAACUAGAAUGCUUAG